GCAUUUGGUGGCGCCCUCAGGAAAAGUCCAGUCACUUCCUGAACAGUAAUCUGCCUGUGAGCAGCAGAUAGAUUCUCAUUGUUUGCCAUUUCCAGUUUCCAGUAAUGGGAACGAUUACUUGAUCUAGCCAGUUUCUGUUGAAGAUCUGGGAAAACUUACAAAUUUUAAUGGCAAAAUUUUGUCUGCUUCCAUAAAAAAACAACAGAAAAAAAAGUAACCUGUUUUUGGUACCUGGAGGCAUCACCUCUGAUGAUGAAUAUUGUUUUAUUUUGGAAUUAAGAGUCUGUUCUUCAGCAACGAGAUGUAUCUUGCUCUUCUGGUGAUUUUCUUGCAGUGUUCAGAACUUUACACUGAGGAGAGAGUUUUUACUUUCAACACAGUUGAAAUCAAGGUUCAGCCAUCUGUCAAAGUAAAGAAUGGAGAUCCUAUGUCGAUUAUCUGCCAUGCUGAUAUUAGCAAAAGUGCGGAUUUCCAGCUGAAGCAUAAUUUUACAAUUUUUAAGGAUGGCAAGCUUGUGUUCAUGACUGUAUCAGACAAAGGAGAUGCACAAUAUGAAAUAUCUACGGCUAGAUCUUCAGAUACAGGAGAUUAUGAAUGUACUGUGGAAGCAGGCAGAAAGACAAAAUCUAGUAACUCCUUACAUGUUUGGGUAACAGGUAUGACCAAGCCAAUCCUGACUGCUGAGAAAAAAGAAGUUUUAGAGGGUGAAGUUGUGAAAUUACGUUGUGAGCUGCCAGAAGAAGUACCUCCUUUAUAUUUCUUUUUCCGGAAGAUAAAGAUGAAUUCAACACCUAAAGAAAAAUAUGUAUAUGAACUACAUAGAAAUUUUUCUGUAGUGGAAUUUUCUGUUGAAGAGGGAGAUAAUAUUUUACAAUUUGAUUGCUUUGGUAAGAGAAUUGUAAAACUCGAAUAUGAAACCUCAGAACACAGCAACAAAACACUUGUUACAGUCAGGGAACCAUUUAUAAAGCCUACUCUGAAUGUCAAGCCCUCAAGUAAUAUUACAGAAGGAGACAGAAUACAGCUUGAAUGCUCAACUGUGGUAGCCCGAAUGCGUGACAUUGAAAUCAUACUCCAGAAAAACAAAACAAUACUAAACAGUGUACAAGAUGAGAAACUUUUGAGAUACUCUGCAGUAGCUACUCUAGAGGACAGCGGUGAAUACCUAUGUAAGGUGGAGCAAGGGAGAGCAUCUAAAACCACCAAACUGAAUGUUGUUGUGGCAGAGUUAUUCCCUGCACCAAUAUUGGCUGCUUCUGCAAGUAAGCUGGAUGAAAAUAAAGAAUUAACUUUGAGUUGCAGCAUUAGUGGUUUUCGGAAAGCUAACUUCUCUAUAUUACGGAGAAGUUCAAAUGGAGACAUCUGGUUGAAAAAUUCUAGAAACUUAACAAUGAAAGUUAAUGUGAGUGAUACUGGAUCCUAUAUCUGUAAAGCUGAAGUAAAAGGAAUAGUCAAGACGAGCAAACCUGUAAGGAUAAAUGUUUAUGCUCCAGUCUCCAAGCCAACUCUUUCCAUUGUUGGUGGUUUACCAGAAGUGGUGUUAGGGAAACCUCUACAGUUAAUCUGUCGUUCGGCGAUGGGAACACCACCAAUAACAUUCACAUUCUACAAAGGAAAUGAAGUUAAGAAAAUAGUAAUUAAUGACACAUAUGCUACGUUCUUGGAUGAAAAUAUUAGACAAAAUGACAAAAGAGGAUAUAAAUGUGAUGCUAGAAAUAAUCACUCCAGUGGUAUGAAAGCUAGCAAUAUUCUAAACAUCACAGUAAUAGUACCAAUCAGGAACGCCAGUUUGGGCAGUAUUCCGUAUGGAGAAGUAGAAGAUGGCAGUGACACUGCUUUUCUCUGCUCUGUGAAAGAAGGAUCUUGGCCAAUCCACUUCAGGAUUUUUCGAAAAACUGAUCGUGAAGUUCUUCUGUUUGAAAAAAGUGAAAAUGCGGACAGAGUCAUGUGGCGCAAGGAGGCAAUGAACAGCCAGGACACAGGGACAUAUUACUGCAUGGCUUCUAAUCGAGCUAAUGUGGAUGUGAAAAGUCAUCCAAUAACCAUCAGUGUCAUCUUAGCGUCUUGGCAGAAAGGUGUCAUUGCUGCAUUUGUCCUAAUACCUAUCGCAGGAGCAGUAACUCUCACUUUAUGGUGGUUUUUGUCUAAGAAGAAAAAGGCUAAAGGACGACCCAUGGAGAUGUCUGGUUCUGCCUUGGCUACAAACUUGACAAGUGAAAAACUGACAAGACAGCACAAUGAUGGAGACUACUAUUCAGGAUCAGGUUACAUUGAAGAUAGUGAAAAUCACAUGAAAUCAACAGAUGAGAGUAAAGGACCUGACCUUGAGAGUGCUGAGGUGGAGUACACUGAAGUUGAAGUAUCAACGCUUGAUCCUCACAGAGGAGCUUUUCAUACGGCAAACAAAACAAAAAAAAGAAAAGAAAUUGAUUCUGUGCCAAUACAUUUUCCAGCUCCUGUACAGAAGGGGACUGAAACAGUUUAUAGUGAAAUCAGAAAAGCUAAUAAUGAUUCUGUGGAAAACAGGCAUUCUAGAAUACAAGGGCAUCCUGAUGCUACUUAGAGCAGUCGUCUCAAACAUCAGCUGGGAGAAGAAAACAAGCAAAGAUGGAAGAUGUUGCAAAUGUUUCAAAAACUCUGCAGCACUUAUGAGUUUGCCAGGCUCUUCUUUUCAAAGUUUAUUUCCUCAGGGGAAACACUAGAGAACUUCCUAAAGCAUUUAAUGGAAAAAAUUACAAAUAAAAAUUCUCAUAGGAAAGCGGCUCUAGAAACCACUGACCUAGGUUCCCAACUUUAAUUUCUCCUGAUAAUACAAUUUUGCCUUUCUAGCCUCCAAUUCAUCAUGCUCUGAGGAAAUAAAAAGGGAAGCUACAGUUGAGGAAGUACAUUUCUACAGUGCAGUAACUACUGUGAUGCUAGUAGGAUGUAGAAAUACCUAAGCUUGCUUUAAACUAGCUACCUUGGUUAUCAGUAACACUCUACUGUGGCAGAACAGAGCUCAGCACGGCUUGGCCAGCCAUGUAUGUACUUUGACAUGAUCUUGCAGCUUGUGCUGAACUCCCAGUGCUGCAGCAGCUGGACUGCUACCAGUCUUGGAGCCAGCUAAUUUAUAGCUCACUUGGAUGCUACACUGCAAUGGGGGCCUAACAGAACAGCGAGCUCUGGGCUUUCUAAAAACUUGAAUAACUGUUCAGAGAUUCAGUACUUAUCAAGUGCUUCUAUCAGUAGAGGCACAAAUAUUCUUUAUUCUUUGCUAAAUUGCUUUUCCCCUUUAAAAGUUCUGAUGCUUGUUGGUUAGUUUGGUGUGAUGGUUCUUCAAUGAAUGAUUGCCCAUCACAGUUAUUUUGGAUGAUGCAAAAUGUAGGUCUUGAGUGGGUGGAUACACUACACACAGGUGAGUUUGUACCUGAAAAUCCUGUUAUGUAUAAUCCUUAUUCCUUUGACCUUAGGAGAGAUAUGAAGCCAUACUUGUGUCCAGUUUGUCCACUAUGGCAUUCCAUACCUAUCCUUUUUCUCUAUAGUAUGAUAAACCACUAACAUGGAUCCAGUUUGGACUUGGAUCUAAAUUUUGCAGCCCAUGUUUAUAUCAGUUGCAUUAGUUUUAAAAAAGAACACAAACAAAAACAGUAGUAGUACUGUCCUCAACCCCUUAACCAGCUGGUCUUUGACACUGCAAUUGCUCUCCUUUUCUUACUGCAGAUUAAAUUACUACAAGAUCUGGGCCACAGGUAAGAAGGUUCUCAUUUUAAUUAGAAAAUAAGGAAAGACAGGGCAUGGAUUUGUAUAUACAUAUAUAGUUACUGCUUUAAGCAUUGCAUCAAAGGCACAAAACCAGCAAGAAAUACAAGAGUUUUAGAUCCUCAUUCCAAACAUUUAAAUUUUCAAGCUCCAGUUACUGGCUAAUAUCUCUAAUUUAUUGUUCCCUAUGCAAAUGUUGUUUGUAUCAAAAGCCUUUCACAAAUGACUGACUUCACAACGCUCUUCUGUUGACAAAUAUUCAUUCUAGCAUCCUGUGAGUGUGCAUACAAAUGCAUUAGUAUAAGGAAUGUGAAAAGGUAUUUUAAUAAAGAAAACUUUGAAUUGAA